AUGUCGUAUGCUGUAGAAACGAAGAAACGCAAAUUCGAUCGCAUCCUUGAGGCCCUGUCCGACAGUGCGGCAACAGCCUCUCGCACUUCGCUCAGCUCACGCAACAACACAUCAUCCACCUCGCUCACUCAAGAUACGGCCUCUGAAUUGUCAAAGCGGCGGCGAAUAACCCCCACAUCGCAGUCCCCUACUUCCAGUCCCUCCCCCACAACACUCAGUGGGCACUACCUUCCAUCGAGCCGCGCUGCCUUUUUGCAGCGACUCGAGACUUUCCGACCCGUCACGAAAUGGCAUAUUCCCUCGACAGAUUCAAUCAAUGCUGCGGCUUGGGCUAAAAGAGGAUGGACUUGUGUCGACACGGAUACAGUGUUUUGUGGCGCUUGCAAAGAAAGACUCUAUAUUGGUCUGGAUGUGGAUAGCGAAAUUUUAAAGGCCCGAGGCAAGGAAGGCGAGGAGAAGAGUGACUCGGUGGAUGAGGAUGACAGCUUUGCAGUGGCCUCGGAAAUAUAUUACAACAUUGUCAAGCGCUAUGAGGAUAUGAUCGUUACGGCGCACGCAGAGGGCUGUCUUUGGCGCAACCGUGGCUGUGAUUCUUCUAUCCAACGCAUCGAAGGACUAUUGAACACGGGCAUCGCCAUUUCCGGACUGAAAAAUCGCUACGACAGUAUCGCUGCUCGGCCCGAGGAAAUACCUGACGUCGUGUCACUGCCCUCAAGCCCUCUGAUCAACCCUCAAGACUUGGAACAAUUCCGAUUCAACGAGGAGGAGCCCCCUGAAGCCAAUGCACUUCGAUUGGCAGUCUGUGGAUGGGAGAGAAAAUGCGAAGACGUCAUUGAGUGCCGCCAUUGUUUCCGGUCUCUGGGGCUUUGGCUAUACCGGGGAGAAUUGCCUGCUAUUGAGAAAUUGAAUGGUGUUGACAAUCAUCUGGAAUAUUGUCCGUGGCGAUCGGCCGAGGCACAAGAUACGGAAAUUCUCAUAGCUCAGCACAGAAAAUAUGGUGAUUCGGCGCCGAAAAAAGAGCGAGUUGCCGGUUGGGUCUUGGUGUAUCAAGCUGUGGUCAAGAACAUGAACAAGAAAAGAGGGUCAAGACUCAUUACAGUUUCUGCCGCUUCGUCCGAAGCUGAACCGGCUACGGGCAGCAGUGAAUCCAUGACACCAGAACAACGAGAGAAGAUGAUGAGGGAUUUAUUCCGAAGGAUCAAAGAGAUCAAAAAGCCAUUUAACGUCAAGGCUUUACUAAAACGGAAGGGCAAGGACCAAACGUUGAUGGGAUAG